CAAUGUUGACAAUCUCUUUUGUUUUUGAUGUAAAAAUAAUACAGGAAACAUCAUCUGAGAUGCCUAGAGUGAUCGAAACUCAAGAAGUAAGAAGACAGACAUGGGAAGCUCAUCUCAGCACCAAGGUGUCCAGAAGGAGCCGUGCCAAUACUAUUACUGCCUACCUAAUGGUCAUGCAAAUAAUCAGACACAGCGUGGAGAUUUUGGCGAUGUGAAUCUGAAGAUUUUGAGAUCGAGAGCUAGUGAGAUUUGUCCUUGUUUCCAGAUUCUUCGGAUCUGUGGGUUGUUGGUGAGCUCGGGUCGCCGCUGUUGUUCGCUAUUCACGGAGUGGAGGCUCAGAUCCUUUCGCUGGUUCACCUUGGUUGAGAAUACGCGACAGUGGAGAUCCUUGGUUCCUCCUGCGAUGGCACUUAUUUCUUCCUUCAUCGACAAAUCUAUGCAUCAUUGGAUCUCUGAAUCUCCUUUAUCUUGGUGUUUCGUUUGCCUCUCCUCUCUCCCUUCUUGUGUCCCCUGUUUGCUCUGAUCAGAUUGUAAUCCUUUAAGAUCUGGAAUCAUUAGAGCUCAGGUUUAGUAGCCUCCCUUGUUUGGGUCAGUCUCCCUCGUUUGGGCUAAGUUUCUCUUCCUCAACUAUUUCUCUUUGUUAGUUUGGGGUUGAGCUUUGGUUUUGUUUGGAUUAGUUCAUCUAGUAUUAAGCUUCUUUUUAGCUUAAUUACUUGGUCGUUGUGGCGUUGAAAGGUUCAAGUGGGUCUCGACUAUCUUACGGUUACAUCCCGGGAGACCCUUGACAAAGCACUUAUAGAUAAAGAUGCAUCUUAUGCGGAGAAAGCCAAGUUCCAUUCUCUUGUUUUGGCCAUUUGUGUUAAGUCCGUUAAACACCAAUUUGGUAUGCGGAAAAUUCCUAUGGUCCAUCGAAAGCUAAUUCAGUCCCGAGACAAGAUGUUUUUGGCUUAAGCAAUGUAUCGGUAAAACCCUUUCCUCUUCUGUAGGUUAUGGAAAGAUCAUUGUGUUUCUGUAAUUUCACUCUCAUCUUUUAUCUUGUGAUUUGUAAUCUUUCCGAAACUUAUCAAUAUAAUCCGUUCAGUGAA